AUGACAGGGGCAUAUCUUGAUUUUAGAGGACUAAUUCUUUCAUUUGACGUGGGGAAUGAGAAGUUCUCAAUUUUACCUAUUCCAGAAUCCGUUGGGUCUUUCCCAGAAUACUAUGUCGAUCUAUUGGUGUUUAAUGGAUCACUUGGUGCUAUUGUUUACCCAUCGGAAAGAAUUGACACGUCUUUUGAUUUAUGGGUUACAAGUGAAGGAGUGUGGACUAAACAAUUCAAUAUUAAAUCCAUUUCUGGAGUUGUAAACCCAUUGGGAUUUGGAAAAAAUGGUGACUUGUUUCUUAGAGACACAAAUGAUGAAGUGCUCCUAUUUGACGCCUCCACCCAAGAGCUUAAGGAGCUUGAGAUUAAUACUUAUCUAGAUCAUUUUCGGUUUGCCAUCUCCCUUCAUGCUUAUUUAGAGAGCCUGGUUCGUAUCAAUGGAAUACAAGAAGUUGAGAAACAUAUAAUACGUCAACCAACGAGAGAUGCAUUAAAUGAAUACUGA